AUGUCCUACGCAUAUCGGGAAAAAGAACUUCGAAUGCAAGAGCCAGGAGCUAUUAAAACAGCUCUCAAAGCAAAAUAUACCGACGUGGAGAAGAAAAGGCUAAUCUCGGUUGUAACCAGGAUGCUUGAUGCGAGCGAGGUGGUGUGGGGAGAGCCUUGCAAAGUGUAUUACAAAGAUGCUACGGCCACCAAAUUGGCAGCCACCGAAGGGCUGGGGUUGACCAAAGAACAGGCUCUGACUCUGCUCACAACUGUUUACAACAAACUUCAAGAAACGGAUCUAGUCAAGGAGCAUCAAAGGGCCUUGGCGGGGGCAAAAAGGCAAUGA